AUGUUUUCCGUGCUGCAGGCAAGAGAUAUUUACGAGGAAGCAAUCGUAUCGGUGAACACAGUGCGAGAUUUCACGCAAAUUUUUGAUGCUUAUGCAAAUUUUGCUGAAAGAGAAACACGUUCGAAAAUGGACGAACUUGAAAAUUUUCCUGGCGAUGAAGAAAAGAAGCUUGAGUUGGAGUUACUUUUUGCACGUAUGGGGGAUUACAGCGAAUCACAAAAUUUAAUACCUUUUAUUUUAUAG